CAAUCAGGUGCCAGUUUGGGGAUGCCCUGUCAAAGAUGUUCACCAUCAAAACAAGAUUGUUUUAGCCAGGUAGUGCGUCAGAUCAAUUUACGACUGCACAGAAAUGUAAACCAUUUUGGUAAGGUUUGUAUUAUAUUGGUCGUGGUACUAAAAGUGAGUUGAUUUAGAGUUUAUACUGACUGUAUACCAUAUUUUGCUGUAUAGUAACGUUAACUCGAAAUCGCCAUUUUAACUUGGUUGUGCGGCCGGUGUCAGGUAGCUAGCUCAGCUGGAACUGUAAUGCUAGUUAGCUAACCGCUGGGUAGCUCACUAUUUCAGACGUUGACCUAGUUAGUACUACGAGUUUUCAAAAUAGCAUGCUACUAUAAUUGUCUAACAUGAUUAGUUACCAUACGUGAUUGGCAGUUCGUUGUAGCUAGCCUGUUUCAAGUUACAAAGUAAGCUAGCGUGCUAACUAGGCUAGUUGGCGAAGCCAAUCAGCUUAUCAACACUAACGCUACUGGCUAACGUUAGCUAUAGGACGUUAUUUACAACAACCAAACUGGACAAAACGUUGGAUUUGGUCGGGUUUAAGUCGGGCUCAGCGGGUUCGCUGACCCCACAGAAGAAGAUGAAGAAGAGGAAGGAGCUUAAUGCAUUGAUCGGACUUGGGGACAGUAAAAGGAAUAAAACCAAGAAGGGGUCCGGCCACAGGCUCCUACGAACCGAGCCCCCAGACUCAGAAUCCGAAUCAAGUUCAGAUGAAGAGGAAUUCAGCAACCUUGGUACUGUCGCUGCUUUCGGAAAAAUAAGUUACGUGCAGUGUUGCAAUGUCUGCUAUCCCUUGAUCCUGUUCAUCAUACUGGCUGCCUGUGUUAUGGCUUGUGCCGGACUGCUAUGGAUGCAGAUUGCUCUGAAAGAAGACCUUGACUCCCUCAAAGAAAAGCUGCAUACUAUGGAAUCCAGCCAGAAAGUGUCAUCACAUGAAAUACCAAAACUAAGUGAAGAUCUGAAGAUGAAACAGAGAAAGCUGGAGGAUAUUGAAAGUGGAGACAAGGGUCUGAACAAACUGUGGUCCAACCUUACGGAGAUAAACAGAAAGAUCAGCUUGCUGGACUCUGCAGUGAACCAUCUAAAGGCCAACAUCAAAUCAGCCUCAGACUUAAUCAACCUUCCAACUACAGUUGAAGAGCUCCAAAAGAGUGUAGCUACAAUCGGCAGCACGUUAACCAGUGUGCAGCAUGAUGUCAAGACAAUGCAGACAACCCUUGCGGACCAAAAGAAAGAAAUGGACGAUCUAAAGAUGACUAUGGUAAAGAAAAUAGAAGAUUCUGAGGCUAAAGAAUCAAAUGCCAAAUCGACAGCUUCAGCUGAAAAGGAGACAAGAAACCGCCCCUCAACAUUAGCUCUAAACCAGGAUGUAACUCACCUGAGAGAGGUUGUGAGCGAGGUUAACAAGUCCCAGACACUGUACCACGCAUGGACUGGUGACCAGAUCCACAGUCUCCACACCGCUGUGUCCAACCUCACUCAGAGGGUGUCUUUUAUAGAGCAGGGCUCUGCCCCAACAACACCAUUCAGUGACCUUGUGGAGGUCGUUGAACCAGUGCCCGUCAGUGGAGAUGUACCAGUAAAGGACCCAGUUACAGAGAGAGACACCAAUGCAGAUGGAAUUAACGCAGCAACUUCAGAAGCUACACAUGGUUCAAAGCCAACAAGACGUCCACGGUUUUUGACGUCAAAUCGCUCCAAGAGAGAGUCUGGAAUAGAAAACCUUAAAACUGUGUCAUUUCCUGGAGUUAGCUCUUUGAAAGAUCUCAAUGAGCUCUUUGAGCACUCAGGGACCGACCCCACCUCUCAGGGAAUGUCUUACCAAGUCCUGAGGAAGCUCUUUGACACCGCAGCACCAGACCCCCGUAGCCUGGAACGCUACGACAAAGACGGGGACCAGAGGUUCUCACUGGCUGAACUGAAAGCUGCUGCAGGUCUGUGAGAAGAAGUGGCUGAGGCUGCAGAGCACAGUAUUGAACAAGGAGAGGAGCUCUGUUGUGUGUGUAUGUGGAGUGCCUCACAGUAAUGAUGGCUGCACUUUUACUGAACUGAGUAUUUAAUAACAAGCUGAAUGUGGAACAGUGGCACUGGCAUGCUCCCCUACACACUUAAGCUACAGUCAGCUACCCAGAUACAAGGUUUGAUGUUUCUUAUUAUUUGGCAGAACAGUUUACAAAAUGUACAUUUCCGAAAUCACAUUUUUUGAUUGAUGACAAGUGAAGUUGAUGUGAAAUGAAUGGUUGAAUAGGGACAUCAUGACUUAUCCAAAAUAUCACUUAUCAGAAUCUAGUACCUACCACAAACUUUCCCAUUUAGGUAAGUUCAGUUAGUCUUUGCUUAUUGCUUGUUUUGUUUAAUGUCUUGUUAUUUUCUGCAUUUUAAUGUAACUCCGAGACUAAACGUAUCCUUAACCCAACCAUUAUUUUUAUUUUAGCAGUUUAAGUCUGCAAGAUUCGAAGGGCAAUAACACGCUCUUUUAACUAGUUUGAAUCACCUUGAAAUAUUAACUCCUGAAGCAUAUGUAGAAAUAAUACAAUGUUAAUGGAUUCAUACAAGUGGAGUGUUAGCUUCAAUUUGCUGUAUAUUAGUGUUGUAUGUAGUACAGAUGAAGAGACAGAAGUAGGCACCCCUGGUUGUGAUAAUGUAACAGGUAGUUAUAGAAGCACUGAUCUCUCUCAACUUAACCUUGUUCUUUUGUGUGGGCCGUUACAUUCUAAAAUGCAAAUUUACAAAUCAGGACAUGUCAACUCACUCAACACUGUUGUAUUAUGUAAAUAUGGUAGACUUUUUAAUAUGGCAUCCUGUAAGAUUGACUUGUUUGGGGGGGCUGCUUAGAGGUCUGUAGAAAAUCCUCAGCAUUGUACUUUGUAACGGAAAUGAUUGUAUUAAGUUGUGCUUUGCAUGUUGCUAAUAAUGUAACAUUAAUGUCUAAUGUAUCGAUUUUAACAGAGGACUGUUUGAGGGUAAUUUUGUUCUGCCGGAUAGUCAGGUGGAAUUCUGGAACAAAAAAUUAGGGCAAACAGAUUUAGAAUUGCCAUUUUGAUUUCCGACAGGAAUAUUGUUCCUAUAAAGCUAUGUGCUUUGGGGAUACUGUGGGAAUUUUAUGAAUGUGUUGUGUGAGCACUAAUUAAAAUGAAAAUGUGGAUUACAA